GCGGCGCCCAGGGGCGGCCCGGACCGGGUGGUCCUUCCACUCCCUGGGAUGGCGGCAGGCGCCUUCACCAGGCAGAGUGGAGGUUGGCCCAGCGGGUUCUAGGGGACUGAGUCGAGCAUCCCGGAAGGGGCCUGUGCAGCUGGGAACUCGGGCUGGCUUUAUCCAGCCUUCGUGAGCUAAUUCAGGAAAAUGUGGAUCUUGGCACUAUGGAUACUUCCUUUACUCUACAAAUUCAGCCUGACAGCUCUGCCAGCAAAGCCUGAGAACAUUUCUUGUAUAUUAUAUUAUAAGAAAAAUUUAACUUGCACUUGGAGUCCAAAGAAGGAAAUCAAUUAUACCACAUACGUUGUUAAUAGAACUUACUCUUUUGGAAAAAAACGUGACAUUUGUAAAGCCAAUAGUUCGACAGGUGCUUCGUGUUCUUUUUUCCGUCCAACUAUAACACCCCCAGAUUACUUCACCAUUAAAGUGGAAGCUGAAAAUAAAGAUGGUGUAGCUAUAUCUGAUAUUACACGUUGGACCUUAAAUGACAUAGUGAAAAUGGAACCACCUAAGAUUCUUUCUGUGAAACCAAUUUUGGGCAUCAAAAAAAUGAUGCAAAUAAAAUGGGAAUGGCAUGACUCAUUAUUUUCUUCAUCUGACUUCAAAUACAUGCUUCGAUACAGGACAAUCAAUAGUACCCAUUGGGUGGAAGUUGACUUCCAGAGUGAUGAUCUGGUCUACAACCUCACGGGGCUGCAGGCUUUCACAGAAUACAUCAUAGCCAUGCGAUGUAUGGUCAAAGGAUCAUACUUUUGGAGUGACUGGAGCCAAGAAAAAAUGGGACUAACCGAGGAAGAAGGCAAGCUGUUCUCUGUAAUUCCUUGUGGCCUGGAUCUGUGGCGAGUCCUGAGACCAGCUGAGGUGGAUGGAAGGAGACCAGUGCAGUUGCUCUGGAAGAAAGCAAGAGGAGCCCCAGUCCUGGAGAAAACAUUUGGCUACAUCCUAUCAUACUUUCCAGAAAACAACACUAACCUCACACAGAUAAUUAAUACCACCACCCAGCAGUGUGAGCUGUACCUGGGAGGUGAGACCUACUGGGUGUCUGUGACUUCUUAUAAUUCUCUUGGGAAUUCUCCAGCGGCCACCCUGAGGAUUCCAGCUGUCAAUGAGACACCAUUUCAGUGCAUUGAGGCCAUGCAGACCCACUUUGCCCAGGACCUGCUGGUGGUGAAAUGGCAAAGCUCCAAUCCAGUGGUGGACACAUGGAUGGUUGAGUGGUUCCCAGAUUUGGACUCGGAGUCCUCUGACAUCUCCUGGGAAUCUGUGUCUGAGGCCAGGAACUGGACAAUUCCACAAGAUAAAUUAAAACCUUGUAACCUCUAUAACAUCUCUGUGUAUCCACUGUUCCAAGACCGAGUGGGAGAACCAUAUUCCAUCCAGGAGUAUGCUAAAGAAUGUGCUCCAGAGAAGGGUCCUGUAAUCAAGGCAGAAAAUAUUGGUGUGAACUCAGUUACAAUUACAUGGGAAGAGAUUUCCAAGAGUGACAGAGGAGGUUUUAUCAGCAACUACACCAUAUUUUACCAAGCUGAAGGUGGAAAAGAAUUCUCUAAGACCGUCAGCUCCAGCGUCCAGCAAUAUGACCUUGAAUCUCUGACACGAAAGACCUCUUAUACUGUUCGUGUCAUGGCCAGCACCAGAGCUGGGGGGAAAAAUGGGACGGAGAUAAACUUCAGGACAUCUUCCCUCAGUGACAAGUUGACUCACCUGUGUUGGCCCAUUGUCCCCAACCCUGCUGAAAGUAGUAUAGCCAAGUGGCACGGAAAUGACUGCAAGAAUAAGCCAAAUCUUAAGGAAUUUGAUGACUCUGUGAACACAGAAGAGAGCAUCCUAAAAUCAUAUUGUGUUCCCAGUGACCUCAUUGACAAGUUGAUGGUGAACUUUGAGAAUUUUUUGGAAGAGGUGUCCAUAGAAGAAGCUAAAAAGGGUCAGGAAAACAUUUGGGGAGGAGAAAAGAAUGAGUAUGUAGCCUCCCCCAACAGGCCUGACUGUCCUCCAGAAAAGAGUUCGCAGUUUUUAACUGAGAUUCCUUCCAGAACACCCCAAAUCUCAGAAGAUAACUCUUCAAAAGUUGAAGAGCAACUUCUCUCUUCUGGUGAAAGUUUAGGACCAGACUAUUUCUAUGAGGAAGGAGCAUUAAACCCAUAUUUGAAAAAUUCAGUAACAACCAGAGAAUUUCUUGUGCAUGAAAAACUUCCAGACGAAACCAAGACAAAAGUCUAAAGGCCACCAUGGUAGGAGACCCUCAAACUCAGUGUGGAUGACCUGGCCUAGAGAAGAUAUCAAGACUUGGCAAGAAGCGCUUCUUUGGCCCCUUCUGCAUUCUGCCUGGAUUGAAGAAAUUCCCCCUGCCCUGAGCUAAUAGUUGGGCUUGCCUGGCACAGGUGUGAACUUGUGCUGGGGAGAAGAAGAGACAUGGUAGGCCUGAGUGCUUUGUAGAGGAAAAGAAGUUAUUUUCUUUUGUUCAGGUAAUAAGCUCCACUGAAGGACUCCUCGACACAUGGACUAAAAAUGAAGACCCAGGUUCUGAACUCAAAAGACUUCUUAGGUGGACAUCUGGUCUCCCUAGGAAUUGAGUCAUGGUCACAGCCUUUGCUAUAGGGCUAUCCCUUAUAGUUCCCAGAGGGACUGUGCCAGAAGAUUGUUUUUGGUUGGUGCUUGGUGGUCUGGUGGGAACCUGUGUUCUAUUCUUCCCACGUAGCCCUAAUAUCUUACUCUUCUCAACACAGAGGCAUAGAAAUGGAGUAGAAUUUUCUAAUGGUGUGCCUGAGCCUCCUCAUAGUCCUUGCUAAAUUUCAAGUGUGUAUAGCAACAUCCCACCCAGAACUUU